GGGCGGCGCUCGGUUGACCCCCUGCACUUCUCGUUGUUAGCUCACUAGUCGUCUACAUGUCUACAGCGCGACAAUAAACUGGUUUAACUAGGCGACAGGCAAAAAAAAAAAAAAAAAAAAAGAAGACGAUGUGUCAGAACACUUUCGGCAGGUUCCGCUUUUCUUAGGGGCGCGACUGGCAAGGCAGCGACCGGAAACACGGCAAAAUGGCCCGUUUCGAGUUCAAAGGACGAGAACCGUGACGAUGAUUUGACGUUAGUUUGCUCACCAGCAGUAUGGCACGUCGCUCUCAAUGUUCUUCUGCCGGGGAUAAUCCCCUGCACCCCAACUACCUUCCUCCUCACUAUCGGGAAGAGUAUCGUCUGGCAAUUGAUGCACUGAUUGAGGAAAAUGUGGAAGGAUAUUAUGAGUUCCUCCAAAAGGCAGAUGUGGUGGACUUCCUGGCUACACCUGAGAUCCAAUAUAUUCAGAGUUCAGCAUACCUUCCUCAGCAGGCCACCUACCAGGAGCAAACCUUUCUCGAGAGUGGAGAAGACAGCUCCUCGGAUACAUACUGGCCAAUACACUCGGACCUGGAUGCCCCUGGCCUGGAUCUUGGCUGGCCUCAGCUGCAUCUUUUUGGUGGACCCACGGAGGUCACCACUCUGGUUAACCCUCCUGAGCCUGACAUGCCAAGUAUCAAGGAGCAGGCCCGGCGACUUAUCAAGAAUGCUCAGCAGGUUAUUGCCAUAGUGAUGGACAUGUUUACUGAUGUUGACAUAUUUGCCGACAUUUUGAAUGCAGCCAUGAGAAACGUCGCCGUCUAUAUUCUUUUAGACGAGCAGAACGUGCAUUAUUUCAUGAACAUGGUGUCCAACUGCAGAGUAAACCUACAGAGUAUCCAAUCUCUACGUGUAAGAACUGUAUCUGGCAUCACUUAUCACUGCCGCUCAGGGAAAUCCUUCAAAGGUCAGAUGAUGGAUCGCUUCUUGUUGACAGACUGCAGGGCCGUACUGAGUGGGAACUACAGCUUCAUGUGGUCUUUUGAGAAACUACAUCGCUGUAUGGCACAUCUUUUCCUUGGACAGCUUGUAUCGACUUUUGAUGAAGAGUUUCGGAUCCUCUUUGCUCAGUCACAACCAUUAUUGACUGAUGGGCCUGCUGCCAUGGAAGACAUUGGCCUUUUACAGAAAAGGCAAUACCCAAGUAAAAUAACUUCACUUGUGUACAGAGAGCCCAGAAGGUUUCUACCAAUGGACAUGGCUCAUGCAGAUGAUUGGACUAAACCAUCAUGUGAUGAACAAAUGGAAACUGACUGGAGAAUGUCACACUUGAAAAGAAAUGACUCUUUCCAUGGUCCUGUUGAUAUGUACAGUCAGCAAGGUCACUCCAAGUUUCCAAUGAUGGAAAACGCUGCUUUGAAACGCAACAUUUAUGCUGAAGGUGUUACCGGCAGGUACAAUUACCCAUUCCCGACUCAACCAGCAGCAGACCUUGAGGCCCGGGGAAGGCUGUUUCACAGGGGGCAGCAGAAAAUUGUGGGCCCAGGUCCUGAAGUUGGCCCUGAGAAAUUCCGGGGCCAAAACUAUCAUUCUGGAGAUCAGUAUUCUGAACCAGGCUUACCACAAGAGAUGGAGCCAUUUGAUAACUUUGACCCUGUGCUUAACUAUUUAUCAUCCACCAGGAAUGUGGACUUUGAGCAGGUCUCAGAGAAAUUACACCCUCCUGCAGAUUUAUCUCAGCCUACAUUGGAUGAUAAACAGUUUUUACAGGAGCCCAACGCUGACCGGAAAGACCCCACGGUAAAGCGGGGUUUAAGGAACUGGAGAAUUAACUCCUUCCUUAGUGCACAUGAUAUUCCAGGGGAUGAAGGCCUGCCAUCGAUGCCGCCUCAGGCAACAGAUCCUUUCGAGGAGCCAUCCAUCACGGUUCAGCCAACAGAGUUAUCCAUUCCUAAAAUCCCAAAUGUCCGAGAGUUUAAAAUUCCUCUCGUACCGAGAGUAAGUCAGUUGCCAUGUUAUGCCAAAACUUUUGCAUUGGAACCAGAGCAGUCAAAUAAAUUGCCAGAAGAAAGUACCGCUGGGCCAGCUGACACCAAAACAACACCAACACCCUCCGAAUCAUCAUCAACAACCGAAGGGGAGAAACUAGAAGAGGCUGAACAAAAGGAACCGACCGCUUUUCGGAAGGAAGAGUCAUUUCGGAGAAAAUAUAAUCCAGCAAUGCCAAGAAGCUCAAGAUUAAGAUCAUCUCUGAUAUUUAACUCUUUAGAGCAACAUACAGCAGGACAACAAGAUGACGAGAGUGACAAAAAUGAGGGCGAUCAGACAAAACUACCAUUUGCUUCCCAGGUUCUUGGACAAAGAAGGUCAGCCGCAAGAGAAGGUUUCGGAUGGACUCGUUACCUAAAGUCGUUCGAUAGCUCUGCCCCGGAAGCAUCCAAGCAAGAGGGAAAUGAUAAAGCACAGGAUAAAGAUUCAUCAAAGGAAGAUUUAAAGAGUUCCUCAGAAAAUCUCGAGUUACAACAUCCAGAUAUUGAACAAGCAAAGGUUUCUCCAUCACCAUCCAGAUUGAAGCGGUCUGAAUCUGAUAUGUUAAAAAGUGAUCAAGCACCCAAGUCUUCGGUAGACAAGAUGUCAUCUGUCGAUAUGAGUGAUCCUAAUAAGAGAUUCGUGUUUUUCAAAGAGCUGGCAGCAAAACGCAAAGCUGCUAAGGCUGCAGAAGCUGAGAAGAAAGCCACGAAGACUGAAAUGAAAACACCAACUGAUCCUGACAGUGCUGGCCCAAAUGUUGGAAGGAAAGAUGAGAAGACUUCCCAACUGUCAAUGUCACCAAGUGUUACGUCAACAGAUUUAAGUAAAACAAAAUCUACAGAGCCACCUGUUGAUGUCAGUCACCAGGCAAAGAAGCAAGAGGGCCAGGUCAGUAAUCUAACCGUUAUCUCCCAAAGGUCAAAACGUGAACAGCCAACUGAUUUAAAAAAGGUAGAAUUGGGGAACCCCCAAACGGCAGCAUCUUUAUCUGUUUCUGCAGAAACAGAGACUCAUCAGUGUGAAUCAGAAGAUCCAGAGCUUCACAAAGCUUCCUUGAGUGAGUGUAGCUCUGGUCACCAAUCCAUGAUAACAAAAGAAACACAUGCUAAUCUUCCAUCGCUUAAGCCUAGCACUGAUAAAAGCUCAUCACCGGUUCUUACUCCCACCACGGGGGAUUCAGCAUCAUCUCCUGCAUCUAACAUCCAAACUCGAGACUCAUCACAGGUCAAGAGCAAUGUGGUUUCUCUUACUCUGGCACCACAAUCUAGCAAAGUAGCGCAGCCAGAUGCAAAAAACUCUAACUCUGAAAACACUGCUUUCAUUCGUGGCCAUCAAAGCACAUCCAGUCCUCAUGACUCUAACAUAGACUCACCUAGUAUGCAGUCCCUAACUGACAAAAUACACCUGGAAAAAUCUGUCAGUGCCUCCCCUCCUCGUCCCACCCAGUCUACUGAGGAAGCCAUUGGUGCCCUGUCAUCUCCCAGACAAGACAAAGGGGAUGUCCCGCUGGAAUCCAAUAUAUUUGGCUUUCAUAUUCAUUCUAAAUCUGACCGAAAAGAAGACUCAUCUCAAGAGCAAUUAAGGCAAACAACUUCCCCGACUGACGCUAACCUGGAAGGAUUGUCAACUCCCGCUGUUCCAGAUUUAUGUUCAUCUGUGUUGGUUCAGUCUGUUUCGCCUACUCACGCCGAAAGUACAACGCCAACAUUACAUGGAUCUCCAGACACCAACUUUUUAACCAAUGGGAAUCCAAACGACAGAAAGAAAAUAAUGCACCCUACCUCAGUUGACACAUCUGUUACGACGGUGCCAGCACCUCUUGAUAGCAUUAGCAUGGACUAUCAAAAUGAUGUCAGCAAAGAUUUGAAAUCGCCUACAGUUUUUGAAAAUAAAAUGGAGGACAGUAAAAGAAUAAAUGAACCAACAGGGCAAAAUAAAUGUUCAGGAACGACAGCAGAGGACGGGGUACCAUCACAGCUAUCCAAGCAGCCAAAGUCAAGCCAGUCUCGCUAUCACUCAUCAACUGCCGGCGUGCUCUCGAGCAGCAACCUCCGAGAUGAUACCAAGUUGCUGCUCGAACAAAUUUCGGCAAAUAGCCAAAGCAGGAAUGAGUCUACAAAGGAGUCACCCGUCACUGAUGAUGAGAAAGAAGAUGAAGCUGACAAAAAUGCCAAGAGGGAAAAAGAAAGAGAGAGCGGGUCACUAAGCAGCGACAUGCCAAAUUUGUCUCAGGACCGUGACAAGCUGCUGGAGAGGCUUCAAAAUAUGAGGAAGGAGAGGAAAGUUUACAGUCGCUUUGAUAUGACUUCUUAACUGGGAUCCAGAGAGAAAGCCGCGAGAAAAGAUUAGAGACUGAAGUACAGCAGAAAGCUGACAAAGACGUUUUACAUGAUCAGUAAAGACCAAUAGGGUAGGGGUUCUAUUUGUCAAUCACUAUCACUUAAGUCAGCGUGGCGUGCGUUUACUGACGGUUGACAGCGCACAUGUAGUAUGUGAUAAACGGUUUUAAAGACAUGGAUGGGUAAAGUGCAAUUUGUUACAAGUGACUAUCUGCUUUUUAUGACAUUACUCUCCACAGUACUUUGUCCAGAAUGAACUUGUUUAGAAUCAUGAUCAUAAGAGCCUUGCCCUGGUUUUAUAACAUGGCGGUGUUCAAAAAUAUACUAUGAUGAUAAAAACAACAUUUACCAAUUGGCUGGAUGAACUCUAAACUUUCUACAGUAAAUGGAAAUCAAUUCGAUCCAGUCAGACAUUUAUUCUUAGUGCAGAAACAGAACUUGUUGUAAAGUAUCUUCUGCCAUCUAGCGGGUUUUCUUGUAACUACAGGCUCCCCACGUCAACAGCGUUGUUCUCAUAACUAAAUGUUACCGCAUUUGGUGACUUGUUGGAAGUGUGAUAGAAUGACAUCCUUGCCUCAUUUACAUAUUUCAGCAGCAGUCAUGGUAUUCUGCUCAUGUACGUUCCUUUUAAACUUGGCUUUCUCCGCAAUACACAAGCAGGCAUUUGUAAAAGUAAGAAAGACUUAGAAACCUGCUUGCUGGUUUAGAAUUAGAAUUUACAAUGCCAAUACUGUAUAGUUAUCUUAAUGCUAUUUAGAAAAGGUAUGUAGUCCAAUAAUAAUAAUCACGCGUUGGAAACACGAGGACCGUAAGUGUGAUAGAAGCAAUCACAUCUUAAACCUGAUUUAUCUUAGAUAAACUUUUCAGAAUCGUCUCUUAGUUUUGUUGUUUUAACUGACUAUAACGUGGCAAUGAAGGUAUUCAUUAAUAAAUAAGCUCCACUUUUUAAGAAAGCAAUUUGCAUAAAAAAAACUCCAGACUGUUCAGUAUCAAAUUAUUGCAAUGCCAACUUUGUGUGUGUGUGUGUGUUAUAAUGUCUGAACGGCUUUGUCACAUUAUUGGUGUAUUUUUGCAGCGUUUGAGUCAUCCAUAUUACUGUCGUAGCAAUAAGAAAACAUGUUCCUUAAAGGACCUCAAAGCCUGACCAUGUACAAUGUUCAUGUGGAGGUAAAUGACAAACUUGUUUUAUAUUUUGUGAUUGAAGAAACUGAGCUUUUGUGCCUUUGUCUUCUUCUGAAAUUGUGCCUUACCUAUAAAACCUGUCAAAUGAAACAAACUAACAAAAUAGAAUGAUUUUAAAGAUACUUUUAAUGGAUGUCUGGUCUUCUAGACAAAAUGGAGAAAAUAAAUUGCUUUUAAAAUGUCAA